AGUGAAGCUCUCUAUCCUCCACGCGUAUCUUGAAUAUUUCUCCAGUACCUACAAGAUCAAUCUCUCUCCCCAUAUAACCAUGUAGGAGUACUUGUUCUUAUGACACCCCAGCAAAGCACAGUAAAGCAAGGAGAUAGCAAGCAGAGGUGGUUUCAGCUUUAGUUCUCGACGACCUCCAUGGCUUCCAAGCAGAUGCUUGCUGUGGCCGCGGCGAUCAUCCUCGCCUUCCUUCCCAUGAUCGCCUCAGAAACCGUGCAUCCUGUGGGCGAUGCUAGGGGCUGGACGCUCGGCUUCGACUACAAAACCUGGUCCGAGAGCAAGCAGUUCAGAGUCAGCGACACACUACUGUUCGGCUACAACAAGGCCUUCCACAACGUGAUAGAGGUGAGCGGGCCGGACUUCAAGGCGUGCAACACCGCCAACCCCAUCGGCGCCUAUAGCUCCGGCAGCGAUGAGGUCGGGCUGGAGAAGCCGGGGAGGAGGUGGUUCAUCUGCGCCGUGGGCAAGCAUUGCCAGAUGGGCAUGAAGCUCAACGUCACCAUCCACGCGGCGGACGCGCUCACGCCGGCCCCGGCACCAGCUCCGUGGUCUCACCAUCACAAGUCCAGGCGCCCCUUCGUUUCCAAGUGGUGAUCACCUGCCGGCUGCCGGCCCUGUAAGCCUGUACCGA